UCUAAAUAUAAACAUAUCACUAUCUGAAACUGUCAUUUAAAACCGCUCCACUAGGGCUUUCGAAAAAGAAAAGAAAAGGCAGACCUUGAAGCCAGUGCCACCUUCUUAUCUCUCUCCUAUUAAAACCUCGCUCUCUCAACGUGUUUUCUCACUCUACACGCGCCAUUACAUGUCAUACCCCAACCAACCAGAUUUUAAAGCUUUGGAUAAAAAGAUAGAGAUGAAAGUCUCUCUAUCCUCUAUAUAAUAUCCAUUUCUCCUACCGCAUGAAAUGUUCAUAGUCUAGUUUUGGAUACACACCUUAGUAGGCCUUCUUUUUUUUUCUUGUAUUUUGCUCGUUUUCUUUGGUUUGUUGUAGCCAUGGUUUCUGCAGAAGCAGCUCGGACUGUGGUUGGCAUUUUAGGAAACAUAAUAUCAUUUUGGCUCUUCCUAUCUCCUGUGCCUACUUUUUAUAAUAUAUGGAAGAAAGGGUCGGUCCAGCAGUUCUCACCAGCCCCAUAUCUGGCUACUAUUCUCAACUGCAUGCUGUGGGUACUGUAUGGGAUACCGUUGGUCCACCCUCACAGCAUGCUGGUCAUAACCAUCAACGGCUCAGGUUUCCUUAUUGAGCUUAUCUACAUCUUGCUCUUCCUCUUCUACUCUGAUGGGAAGAAGAGGAUGUGGGUCUUCCUGAUGUUUCUCCUGGAAGCUACAUUCGUGGGAGUCGUGGCUGCCCUUGUUCUCUCGCUCGCUCACACGCACGAGCGACGGUCUCUGAUUGUCGGGAGCUUUUGCGUCUUGUUCGGGACGCUCAUGUAUGUUGCGCCGUUAUCAGUCAUGAAAAUGGUAAUCCGCACAAGGAGCGUGGAGUUUAUGCCCUUCUUCAUCUCUCUUGCGUCCUUCGCCAACGGAGUUUGCUGGACGGCCUACGCACUUAUCCGCUUUGACCUCUUCAUCACGAUUCCAAACGGUCUGGGGGCAUUGUUCGGGCUGGCCCAGUUGAUAUUGUACGCCACGUUCUAUAAAUCAACGAAGAAUCUGAUGGAAGCGAGAAAAGCAAAGGGAGAGAUGGGGCUGACCGAGAUUUCUGUGAUGGGAGACUCCAACAAGAUAAGCAACGCCCCUCCAAACGCCUGUCUUUCUGAAAUACGCCAGACGUGAAAUGCGCAUCACCCCCAAACUACUUCGAUCGUCCCAGAAAGAUCAAAGCUUUUUUCUUUUUCUUUUUUUCAAGUGUUGUCACG